GAAAGAUUGAGUGGCAACUGAAGGCGAAAACAUCCGAGACUGAGGAAGAAUGAAUGCGCGAUCGCAAGUUUUCGAGUUAUCUGUCGAAGGACGACAGAUUGAAGAGGCAAUUUUGAGUAUUUUUCACUCAAUUUUACUUCACAGGACGUCUGGAAAGUUUAACUACAAAAGAGAAGGGUCUUAUAGCAUAGGAACCGUUGGGAUGGUUGAUGUUGACUGCGAUUUUGUGAACUGCACCUAUGUUCGGGUAGAUUCGGAUGAGUUACAUCGUUCCUUGAAAAGACAAGUUGCGGAGUUUAGGGAAUCUUUGAAAAGUUCCAACGGCCUAAGGAGCGGACAAAUCUCUCUAGAGUUUUAUCAAAGAAAGAAAGCUCGGUGGCCUUUCGGAAUGGAGAAUAUUCCGUGGGAAAUUUGGACGAUAAAAUUAAAUGUCGUCAGCCUAGCUAACGAGCACGAACGGCAGAUCUGCCGAGAAAAAGUCGGCGAGGCUCUCGCAGAAAAAAUAAUUUGUAUUGCUGGAGUGAUGAACAGACCAGAGUAUGUUCCCAAGAUGCCGAAUCAGUCAGAUGUUGCUAAUGUUUUUGAUAUAAGCUACCCAGACGUUCAACCUUACCUUCAUAAGUUUAGUUACCAAGCUUCCGACCAGCCAUCUCAGUCUGUGGGGACCACAAUGAAAAGACUUAUACUAGAUACAUUCUCCUACUGAAGUAUUAGGAAAUGAUUGUUGUAUCAAAUAUAUUCUUGAUAACUGAUAAUCACUGUCUUUAGGUGUAUCUCUGGAUGAGUGAAUGUGCAAACAUAUAGUGACAUACUUUGCAUUAAUGACUGUGAAUAUGUAAAAUGAAUACAUGUGUACUCUGGAUUAAGAAAUUAAUACUAAAGGAAUCUUUGCAGUAAUGAAACUUACAUAAACAGUGGUGAAAAUUAAGCCUGAAAAAAAUUUAGGCCUGUAUAGGGUUUGAACACAUACCUCUGUGAUACAAAUGCAUGAAAGGAUUAAUCACUGACUGUAAAUUACGAAUUAACAUAAUGACCAGCUUUCAGUUGGCUUGUUAGCUCAGUUGGUAGAGCACUGCACUAGAAUUGCUGAGGUCAUAGGUUCAAAUUAGGAAUUGGGACCUGAAACUGAAAAUAAAAAUUGAGUAUUGAAUGUAAUGA